CCACAGCCCCUGCAUCCUGGCAUCCUGGGCUUUGUUGCACGAUAACAAUAAUGAUACCGUGUCCUGGAAGCGUAUGUGUGUCAGGUACUGCUAAGCGCUUCCGUGUCUUGGUUUUCCUCCUCACGACAGCUCUGUGAGGCAGAGGUGGAGGAGACACUGAAGCGACUUCAGAGCCAAAAGGGAGUACAGGGAAUCAUCGUGGUGAACACAGAAGGUAUUCCCAUCAAGAGUACCAUGGACAAUCCUACCACCACACAGUAUGCCAACCUCAUGCACAACUUCAUCCUGAAAGCCCGGAGCACCGUGCGUGAAAUUGACCCCCAGAAUGACCUUACCUUCCUUCGAAUUCGCUCCAAGAAAAAUGAAAUUAUGGUUGCACCAGAUAAAGACUAUUUCCUGAUUGUGAUUCAGAAUCCAACUGAAUAAGCCACUCUCUUGUCCUCCCCGUGUUAUUACUUAAUUUGAUGCCCCCCAAGAAUAAUAGUGUUAAUCAUGUCAACCGAUUGGCUGGUGGAAAUCACCGUCGAGUCCACUCAGAGCAGUCCAGUGACCAAGGGUGGGUUGCAGCUUUGCCCACCCCACCAAAGCCAUCCCUCUGCUCGCCGGUUGCCCCUGAGUUCCCAGGGGGGCCCUCUUUCCUCAAGUCCUGGUUUUGAAGCAAGAGCUUGUGAGAAACCCACAUCCUGCUUCCUUCUGACCUUCAGUUCACUUUGUUACCCUUGGAAAAGGCUGUUUUUCUUUAACUAAAAAUAACUGAAAUGCUUA